GAUGCCGGAAAUUGGAACUGUCCAUUUUCAGCACCGUGGGCGAUUUGGAAAUUUAAAUAAAAUCUUCAGUCGGAAAUAUAAUAAAGCUAAUACCAGGGGAUUACAAAACAUUUUACCCAUAGCACGUAACACAAAGCUAGAUUCCACUCCUUUUUUGUUAGGACUGCUCGGUUAUAUAAAUUUAUUCCCCAACAUAUGCGUAAUUCAACCUCCGAUCACUUUAGUUGACUCCUAG